AUGUCUGUAGCAUCUAAUUUAAGGCAUAGUGAAGCUGCCCGGCCGGCCUCCCCUCAUACCCCUCAACAGCAGCUCCGCUCCGGUAAUAACUCGUUCGCGAGCACCACGUCACCUGGCUCCUCCUUCCGGAACGAAGACGAUGCUAUCAUAUUCGAAUUAGGAGCACGGUGGCUCCGAGCUGGCUUCGAGGGCAAUAGCUCUCCGACAUGCGUUAUUGGAUUUGGGCCAGAGGGAUCGCGAAGAGCAGGGGACUACCGAGGGUGGAUUGAGGGAAAUGCCGGCACGCGCCCGUUGCCAGCACCUCUCAAUGCAGAAGACUGGGUACGCGACUACGAAUUAUGGAGACUAGACUUGCGACAGAUCGAUUUGGGCUUGGUUGAAGACAAGAUCGAACGUGUCUUCCGCGAAACCUAUAAUCAGUAUCUGUUAACUGAUGCCGGUGCAUCUCGUCUUGUUCUCGUUCUUCCUUCCCUGAUGCCGCAUCCGAUCUUGUCGUCUUUACUGUCUGUGUUAUUCGGCCGCUGGAAGUUCCCCAGCAUUACCCUUCUGCCGAGCGCCACAAUGUCCGCUACGGCUGCAGGGCUACGAUCUGCUUUAGUCGUGGAUCUGGGAUGGGCGGAAACAACCGUCACUGCGAUCUAUGAAUAUAGGGAAAUCGCAACAAGGCGGAGUACAAGAGCAAUGAAAGCUGUCACUCAAGAGUUCGGUCGGCUGUUCACCGGGAUAGCUUCUGGUGAUGAGAAAGAGUGGGCGUCUCGAGAUGAAAUCUCUGUGGGAUUUCAAUACUGUGAAGAAAUUAACCUGUGGAGAACGUGUUUUACGCGCCAGGCAUAUCUGAGACAGAAGUCGACGAUGAAGAGAAACCGCUACACAUACUUGUCUACCAUGCACUUCUCGCACUCCCCGCCAGAUGCACGAGGAACCUGCAUGGCCCGAAUCACAUUCGUUGGCGGUGGUGCUCGCAUACCCGGUCUACGACAAAGAACUCUCGAUGAGCUUUCGCGUCUGAUCGAGUUGCAUGGAUGGAGCCCGAUCCGGGGUAAAGCAGUGGAACGACAGCGACAGCGCUUGCAGGAGCUACGGAUAUCAUCUCAGACCAACGGAGAGAAACCCACGACACCAAUUGAACCCUCUUCCAUAGAUAGCAAAGAGCAAAAACCAGAUCCUUCAAAAGAAGAGCCCGAGGUCGAUUUUGUUGAACAAAAGCUCCAGCGCCAGAAUAAGGACAUCCCUACCCCUGUUCAGGGGGUAUUGCGGGAGAUUGAAUCACUUGGGCCCUGGGCUGGUGCAAGUUUAAUCACAAGCGUGAAGACCAGAGGCUUGGUGGAGGUCGAACGAGAGAAGUUCCUGCAGCAUGGUCUCGCUGGGGGUAUCCGAGAACCAGAGAAUCCUGUGCCUGAUCGGCGGUCAGGCUUGAGGGCUGGAGAUCGAUCAAGCUGGACCCUAGCUGGCUGGGCUUGA